AGCAUAUUUGCUCUGCAUGCAUAUGUAUGGAAAUGCAUCAUGUCCUCGCAUUGGGAGUGGAGUGCAGUCUGACUGACGAUGUCGAGGAGAAUUCAAUUCUGUCAGAUACGUUAAGAGUGCUAACAUCAAGGUCCGCAACACUGAGCCACGGUAAACUGGAAACAUGUUUCUGUGGAUACAGCUCACCCCAGUGUUUGUAUUCCUGGCUACGGUCUCAAUUUCCUGUGUUCAUGGAUCCUCACCUUCAUCCGUUCCCAACACGGGGAUUAUCUGCAGAUUUACCGAGGAAGCGGGGCUAGUAUUCAACCAGGAAACCAGUGAUGUAAUUCAGGCCACGUUUCGACAUGCAUCAUUCCCAAACAUAGAAGGGGAGGCAUCCAUUCUGCUUUUAGGCUCAGUUUCAUACAGUUUUAAAAAUUUGCAGAUAAACAACAUGUCUGUUGAAAAGAGUGACGUUGACCUCAGUAAUGAGAAAGGAAUCCUGAUCGCUAUCCAAAAUGUGGCUGCUGCUUUCAAGGGAACAAUGGACUACACAUACUCCAGCUGGCUGCAAAUUGUGAAAUGGCCAUAUGGACCCCAGAAACAGCCUGAAACCAAAUUCUACCCCUCCGCCUUUAAGCAUUCAGUGUUACAUUUAAAUCAUUCACUCGAUUUUGAAAUUCAGUCACAGACAGAUGUUAAUCUUGCUCUAAGUUUAGCCUGUAACAAUGGGCGAAUUGCUGUAACCAUCUCCGAUUGUCUGCUGAACUUCGACAAGUUAGCACUGAAACUACAGAGGCACAAAGAGGCCAACUGGAUCCAAAAACUCUUCACAGAUUUUGUCUCUUUCACUUUGAGACAUAUUGUUAAAGGACAGAUCUGUGCAGAAAUUCACAAAAUGGCAAAUCAGCUGGCAGACUUCACCCUGUACCAAGCAGGAUUGUUUAUGCAAGAUGGGGAGAUUGCCACAAGCAUCGAGUUAACCACUGACCCAGUACUUACCUUGGGGUACAUUGAGUCCUGGCAUGAGGGUAGUGUUUCCUACAAGAAUGCUACAAUUUUCCAGAAGCCCAGUGACAUUCCAGUUGAGAGAGUGGAGACCAGAAUGUUUAAUCUCUGGGUGUCAGAGCCUGUCGUCAACUCUCUCCUUUUUGCUGCACAUCAUGACAAUCGCUUGACCCUAAUGCUCUCUGAUAGUGAUUUGUUGAAACUUUUUGACAAUGGGGGAGCUAAAACUGAGCCGAACCUUUUACAGCAGAUGGUCCCUGGCAUUCCUAUGAACAACCUGAUGAUCAAACUUGAGUCCCUAAGACCACCUUCCCUUCUCUUCAAAUCUGUGGGCACCAUUCUGCAGGCAUCUGUAUCUCUGCAAAUUGAAGUGUUGUCCAGCAGUGAAGAUUCUUACACAGCAGCGUAUUUGGAAAUGGAUUCUGCAACUCUUGUCCAUACAUCUUACACAGACAGCAAAAUCCAUCUACAGCCCUCUUCUAAUCACUGGUCCAUCAAAGUUGUAAGGAGUAAUCCUGCAAUUGCGCUGGAUGAGAGUGAAGCUAAGCGCUACUUGGAGGCAUUUUUCGCGACAGGAGGAUUAGAAAAGAUAAUCUCGUAUAUUGAAUUUUACAUAACAGCCCUACUUCACAAGAAAGGACUGCGCUAUUUUAACGUUACCAACCCUGUGAUAGAGACAGAUGAGGGUUAUGUGACCAUUGCGACGGACUUUGGGUUUCCCCGGCAGUUACUAGAGAAUUUCCUCCGCAACCUUGCACCAAUGACAAGGCUCUAAGUCCACAAUGUAUGGUGAAGACCAGUUGGAUGGGGAGUCAAUGAUACGAUGGCUCUCAUUGGCUUGCAAGAAGGAUCUUUCUACUGAAGAUGUUUAAUUGGCUUUGUCAAGUUAUCAAUGAUUUACUGCUCUUGUUAUGACACAUGAUAUUGACAUAUACAGGAAUGGCAUUUAUUCAAAUAGAAUA